AUGGAUGUAGGAUACGGCGGUGAUGGCUCAGCUACACCAUUGCCCCUGCUCUCCAACAAAAUCACUCCCAAUAUUGGCACACAAGAGCUUCAGUUACUGUAUGGAAGCAUGCCAGGUCUCUUGGAAGGACAGGAUAAGCUUUGGACAUAUCAGUUCCGGAAUGGCAUUGAUCAACCCUGGAAAUCAGCAUAUGUUUUCUACGAGAUUGAGUUCUUUCAAUCGGAUUUUGAAAUCAUGAACCUCUACACCAGUCACAGUCCAUCGUGCUUUUUGACGUCCAGGAUAAAAAUUUCGAGAACAGAGGAGAAAGUCUUUGGCAAAGUCAUACUUGAGCAAGAGAAGCUCAAGGAGAAUUUAGGUGGCCAAGACAUGCAAAGCAGAGCAGGAGAGAGUUGA